AGCGGGCUGCGCGCUCCUGCUCCCGGCCAGCCAGCGGCCCGCGGCGCGUAGUCCCGGAGUUCGCCCGGAGCGCGGCGAAGUUUCCUCCGGAGUCCGCGCCCGCCACGGCGGGGCCCGCUGCCGGCUGCCCGCGAGUAGCAUCCUCCAGCAAAUGAGCACCUUGCAUGUAGAUACUGUUAGGCAAAUGAGGGAGACCACGGUGAUCAUGGUGACUUGCUAAAGGUCACGUUGGUUACUUUAUAGAAUGGAUCCAUAGAGAGCAAGAAAGAAUUGAAGCUUUAAGGAAAAGCAAUCCUGUGGCCUUCAGAUUCAGUGAUGAGAAAUGCAGCCAUCUGAAAUGGUCAUGAACCCCAGACAAGUCUUCCUGUCUCUGCUGAUAUUUGGAGUGGCAGGGCUGCUCCUCUUCAUGUAUCUGCAAGUCUGGAUUGAAGAACAACAUACAGGGAGAAUGGAGAAGAAAAGAGAACAGAAAGCAAGUUCAGGAUGGGGGCCAGUAAAUUACUUGCAGCCUGCACUCAGAACCAUGACUGCAGAAAAAAUCCAGGAACAUAUUACCAAUCAGAACUCCAAGUUUCACAUGCCUGAGGUUCUGAUGGGAAAAAAGGAAAAUCUCCUUGAUCCUGAGAGACCUACUAGGAACCUAACAAAGAUCAGCGUUUCACAAGCAGGGGAUCAAGCUUUGAAUAAGAUCACAAGGUCAUCAAUAAGUAAGGCAGUUGAAAAACAUCGAGGAACUCAGAUGCUUUCUGUGAAAUCCAGUGAAACUAAUUGGCCAUUGGACAUUCGGCCUUUAAACAAAAGUUUAGUCAAAGACAGCAAAUGGAAAAACACUGAUGAAACCCAAGAGAAACGGAGGUCCUUCCUUCAGGAGUUUUGCAGGAAAUAUGGUGCAGUGAGCCAUCGCCAAUCACAUCUUUUUCAUAUGGUGUCUAGGAUCUACGUGGAAGAUAAGCACAAAAUCUUAUACUGUGAAGUGCCCAAGGCUGGAUGCUCCAACUGGAAAAGGAUUCUGAUGGUACUAAAUGGGUUGGCUUCCUCUGCAUACAACAUCUCCCAUGAUGCCGUCCACUAUGGAAAGCAUUUGAAAAAGCUAGAUAGCUUUGACUUAAGAGGGAUAUACACGCGCUUAAAUACCUACACCAAAGCUGUGUUUGUCCGUGAUCCAAUGGAAAGAUUAGUGUCAGCAUUUCGAGACAAAUUUGAACACCCCAAUAGUUAUUACCAUCCGGUAUUUGGAAAAGCAAUUAUAAAGAAAUAUCGACCAAAUGCCUGUGAAGAAGCCUUAAAUAAUGGAUCUGGGGUCAAAUUCAAAGAAUUCAUCCACUAUUUGCUGGAUUCGCACCGUCCCGUUGGAAUGGACAUUCACUGGGAAAAGGUCAGCAAACUCUGCUAUCCAUGUUUGAUCAACUAUGAUUUUGUAGGGAAAUUUGAAACUUUGGAAGAAGAUGCCAAUUACUUUCUACAGAUGAUUGGUGCUCCAAAAGAGCUUAAGUUUCCAAAUUUUAAGGAUAGGCACUCUUCUGAUAAAAGAACCAAUGCUCAAGUGGUGAGACAGUAUUUAAAGGACCUAAAUAGAACUGAGAGACAGUUAAUCUAUGACUUUUAUUACUUGGACUACUUGAUGUUUAAUUAUACAACUCCAUUUUUGUAAUCUGCAUUUAUUUUCUAAAAUCUGUACUUACUUAAUAAUGCUGGCCUCAAAUCAGCUACUGUGAUUUUCUUAUAAUUCUCUGUAUGAGGGAAAUUUAACUAAAUGCAGUUGUCUUGAUUUAAUGAUGAUUUUUACCAAAUACCAUGACAGCAAUUGGCACAGAGCUAUAGGAAAAUCACCUAAUGGACAUACAGACAUAUAUAAACAACUUGAGUUACUUUUAAAUGUUUGGAAAGGAGCUGCUUUGGCAUUGUGGAUCAUAUUGUUGAAGCAAUAACCCAGCUAGCUGCAACAGUAACUAAAACAGCCUCUUGUAAUCACAGAAUAAGAGGUCUGAAAGAGCAUGAAUAUGUAUCUCUACUCUGGAAUUAAUUGUCUAAAAUGCAUGAAUAUAUUUUUAGCAGUUUGUGGAAUAUUCAUCAGACCAUUGGAUAGUUUUCUUACACUUCAGAAAUCUUUCUAUCAACUAUAAUGAUAAAUUGAUUUUGAAAUGAUAUUUGGAAUUGGGCAGUUUACAUUAAGUUGGAAGACGUUUUAUGACUUACAAUAUGAAAAUGUAGCAGAAAAACAAGAAAAAACUAUGACUUUUUAUAAGCAACAAAAGCAACCUUCUGUCAGAAAACUUUAAAGGAAUUGAUUCUAUUUUCUUUUGAGCCCUCCAUGAAGAGACAAAAUCAACGCAGCCACCAAAGUUCUUCAUUUCUGAAGCAAGCAGCUGAGAGGUUUAAGCCUCCUAAAUGUGCUCUUAAUUCUGGUUUAAUUGGACAGAAGGGAAAUUGCUUCAGGAUGGAAUAAUAAUCAAAAAUAAAAGUUGUCAUUCUGAAUAUAGACCUCUAACAAUAACAAAGUUUUAUAAGAAAAUUAUUUGAAUCAAAGCAUAAUGUGCAUAGCUUUGUAUGUGGGAUACAUUCUAAGAAUAGCUUUUGUUUACAGUCUAAUUAUUCAGCUUGGGAAUAACUUUUUAAAAACUAAUAUACCACUUCAAAGAUAGGUUAUAUUCAGAGAAUAACAUAGCAAGAGCCCCUAGAAAUGUUUUUAAUAGGCUUAUGCAUAAGCAAAUUAAAAUAGUUUCUUUUUUAAGUUUAGAUAUUCUAUAGCCAAAAAUCAUUGCAUUCAUAUAUCAGUCCUUGGAAAAUAAGACUAAAUUAUCAAGCAUUUUGGAUUUUUUCCAAAGGAUCCUAAACUGCAAGACACAUUUAGAUGGGAAAUUUAUUUUAAUUGCUUAACUAUUACCCUAGUUUAGUAAACUAUACGUCAGUCAAUUAUGGCUAAAAUGCUUUUCUUGAACACUUUCCUUUUCCUAAACUAACACAUUGUAUCUGUAACUAUUCAGUAAUAUCUCUCAAAAAGUAGGUAUUAAUAUUUGGAUAUCAAUAUAGUAAGAGUUGUAUAAUCAUACUUGUCUCACCUUGAUUUUCCAAUUCAUGGCUGAGUUCUUAAUGAAUUGCUUCACUCUACACACACCUACCUGCCUCACCUGUGCCUCCUAAGGAGUGAAGAGACACAAAGGACUAAGGGAUCACAAGAACUACCAACACUUCACUACGUUUCUGUUCUAUUCACUUUUGCCCCUAGAACACACACAUGUUAUGCUUUACUUUAGAGUAAUCUGAUUUAUAUAGAUUAGUAAUUUGCCACAUUGUGUGGAGUGGAUUCCUAACAACCGAGAGACACUGAGUUCUCUUUUUAUGGAGCAAGAAUAUAAAAUAUCCCAUGAAACUUGAAAUUUUAUUCCUAAAUUCAAAGCUGGUUUCAGACAGAAUCUGCUACGAAGGUUAAGGUUAAUUUUAUCAAACUUAAAUACUUAAACUUAUAUACUUAAACUUAUGAAGAAUAAAUGAAACAUAAACCUCCCUUUAAAUACCUUUGGAAAGAAAAAAAAUGGAAACAAAGGCCCUGUCUCUUUUAUUGACAUUUCAAUGCAUUAUGGAGGGUGGGGUAUAAGGUGGAUAGACAGAUAGAUGAUAGAUAGGUAGAUAGAUGACUUUGACUGGAAAGAGUAAAAGAAAAAGUUAUACCCAAAGCUUCCUUUUUGAUAGCUAUUCUAUAUGUUUUUGUGUAUAUUAGUCUUCCCUUAUCUGUGGUUUUACUUUCCACAGUUACUGCUACCUGUAGUAAACCAUGUCUGAAAAGAUUAAAUGGAAAGAUCUAGAAAUAACUAAUAAUUUUUCACUGUGCACACCCUUUAAGAGGAAAAUCUCUCACCCACUCACUCUACCUUAUCUAAAACAUGAAUCACCCUUUGUCUAACGUGUCCAUGUUGUAUAUGCUACCCUCUCACUGGUCACUUAGUAGUCAUUCAAGUUACAACGCUUGUUGCCACAGUAACCCAGGGCUUCAAUUUAACCUUUGUGUUGUAGCCUAAGGCUGUGCACAAUGCCAGUAUGACCUCAGGUAGCGCUGUGCCAUCUCAUAUCACCAAUUAGUAAAGUACUAUAAGACACUUCAAAAGAGAGACCACAUUCACACAACUCUUAACUAUAAUGUUUUGUCAUAAUCGUUCGAUUGCAUUAAUAGUUACUAUUGUUAAUUUAUUACCAUACCUACUUUAUAAACUGUAUCAUAUGUGUGUAUAUAUAGGAAUAAAUAGGCUAUACAGUUAGUAAUCAC